UCCGCCCGCAGCUCUGCCCGCACCGCGGAAUUCGCACGCCCGCCGCCCGCCAAGCCCGCGAGCCGCGGUUCAGUGUACGUGCGACUGUCCGCGCUCGAAGACGACGCGCCGCGCCACGCGCACUUUACUUAUUACGCAGUUCCGAACUACGACGACCGCGUGGAUCGCGCCGCGUUCUCGCCAGCGCUCUUGUUCUUCGAUAACCAUUCUUAUUAAUAAUUUUUACUCCUCGAAAAUCUAAGAACUUAGUGAUAACCGGUGUCGAUGCCGAAAAGUAAGUGCGAUCGAACUGGAAUAUACGCAGUGAUCUCCGGAACUACGAGCGACGGUGACCAUCGUAGGCCGGCGAUACGCCGUAUCGCGAGCCACGUUACAAGGUUAUCGCGCCUCUAGCCCGCCAGUGAUGAAUUGGAAAAUCGGCGCGUAAACGCUCACGUGGUGCGCGCCCCGCCCCCGCCUCGUUCCGCGCUUAUAUUUAGCGAAAAUCGCCUCUCGGGAACGGCCCGACGGGAGAUAGAUACGCUUCGUGCACGUCUCUGUUUACGAACGUUAGUGAGACGACACAUGUUAUUGGCUUCGUAUAACACAGCCGAUAAGGAGAAGUUAGAUAACCUCCGGACCGCCGCUCGACUGCGACGACGUUCUGGAAAUAGAAAGAAGUGCGACGGCUGUGGGAGCGUUGUGAUGGUAACGAGUGGUGUCCAAAGGCGCCGGUGAGCGCGCUCUCGACACUCCCCUGAUAAACUUUUCCACUGCUUAGUGAUAAAACCGUAAGGACAUGUCGUUGCCAGGCUGCGGUGGUUACCAGAGUCCAUGGUCCUCGCAGACCGGGCUAUCGGAAAUCGAGGGUACGAUGGGGGACUUGGAGCCUCUGGGUGAGCUCGCAGAGGUUGGCUUCGAGCCGCAGACGCGUGCUCGUUCCAACACGUGGCCGCUGCCCCGGCCUGAAAACUACGUAGACCCAGCUGAAGAUUCCAGUUCCAAGAAAAACUCCAAUCAGAACUUGACCGGUGCUCCUCCAUUGCCUACACCGUCGGUGGGUAAGAAGAAUUCGUCCAGACGCAACGCCUGGGGCAAUCUUUCAUAUGCCGAUCUAAUCACGCAAGCUAUCACCUCCGCACAAGACAACAGACUUACCUUGUCGCAGAUCUACGAGUGGAUGGUGCAGAAUGUGCCAUACUUCAAAGAUAAAGGAGAUAGUAACUCAUCAGCCGGAUGGAAGAACUCAAUACGACACAACUUGUCACUACACAAUCGGUUCAUGAGGGUGCAGAACGAAGGUACCGGUAAAUCGUCGUGGUGGAUGAUCAAUCCUGAAGCGAAGCCUGGCAAGUCGGUUAGAAGACGGGCUGCAUCUAUGGAAACGUCAAAGUUUGAGAAACGAAGAGGUCGAGUCAAAAAGAAGACCGAAGCUCUAAGGAAUGGUGUGACCGCAGACGCUACGCCCAGUCCCAGCAGCUCCCUGUCGGAGAGCCUCGACAUGUAUGACGACUCACCUUUACCAAGCAGUGGUUUUCAGUUGUCGCCGGAGUAUCGACAGAGGGCCUCGUCGAACGCGUCGUCAUGCGGCCGCCAAUCGCCGCGACCCUCGCUGCAAACAUCGGAACCGGACUGGAUCACAGAUUCUUACAACCCAGCUGAUCUGUGCAAUAAUGACUUCACGACCGGUGAUUUUGCAUCGACCAGUGAUUUCGCAUCGACCAGUGAUUUCCCGCAAAUUGACUACGCACAAGAAGAACAGUUGGCUGGUUCGUUAGCUGACUCUAUGAAACUACAAAGCGCCGACCCAUUCCUAAAUACAUAUGUGCCGACGACGUCGUCUUCGGAUGCUUCCGUCUAUUACGAAGUUAAUCAAUGUCUUAUCAUAGUUACCAUUAUAGAGAGCACAAGUCGCAUGGUAACGACGGAUCCGGCGCUGAUGAACGGCGGCAUGAUGGUGCAGGCUGGCGCUAUCGGGCCGACUACCGUCAUGGGCCAGAUUAUGGGCGCACUCAACACCGGCCUCUCGGAAGACCUCAACAUAGAGUCCUUGGAGCACGAAUUCGACUGUAAUGUCGAUGAGGUCAUAAAACACGAACUAAGCAUGGACGGCACGUUGGAUUUCAACUUCCCGCAGCAGCACAGUGCGAUGGCGGCGGAGGCGGAAAACCAGUUCCAGGCGCCCGCGCCGCCCGUGCCCACCACGCUGUCGGGCGGCGGCGCGCCCCGCACCCCCUACUCCGUCGCCCCCUCCUGGGUCCAUUGAACACGCAACUAAAAGCGACACACCUAUUCAUAAAUAAGUCGUUCGGAUAAUCUCGAUUCGGGUUUAGGUUUUAUCAAUGUAAAUAAGACGCGAACAGAUCAUGUUUAAGUUCCCUUUUUGUUACUUUAGCGUAUUUAGUCGAUUUUUUUCAUUGUUACGUUAACUAAUGUUAAAAUUUUAUUUAGUGUUAUCGCUAAGUGAUGUUACCGAUCGUUGUUGAUGUGUCAAUUGUGUUAGGUUAGGAUUUAGUGUUAAGCUAGGUGGAAGCUUGUGAUAUAGUUAGGGCUUGUUGCUUGGACCGAGGCGGGGGCGGGGGCGACGCAGAGCGGCUACAGCUGGGAAGUAAGGUUGCCAAUACGUAAUUCGGGGAACAGCGGGAAGCUAACUCCGCUACUAUACGGUUGUGAAUAACUCCAGUUACCCUGUCGUUGUGUAACUCAAAUAUGGACAUAAAUCAGUAAAAGUGAAUAAAUAUGAUGAACUUGAAUAACUUCAAGUGAACGAUACUGUAUCUUG